UGGGUUCCGAUCUCGUUGCAGUUGUCUUUUGAAAUUCGAAAUAAAUGUUUCUGGUCGAAACGGAGAAGAAACAAAACAGUCGAUAGAAUUUUUUCUACGAUGUCUGUAUUGAAAGGCUUGCAGAUAACGCGUCAAAUAUCGAUACUUUCAAGGCUUUGGUCUGGGGCAGAAGCACAACACACCAGCAAUGCAGAAAUUAAAGUGAGGAAAAUUUUGAAACAGAAGUUUCCUACUGCAAAAGUAAUAGAAGUUACAGAUAUCUCUGGUGGAUGUGGUGCCAUGUUUGAGAUUAUGGUGGAAGCUCAAGAAUUCAAAGGACUGAAGACUGUGAAGCAACAUAGGCUCGUUAAUGAAGCUCUCAAGGAAGAAAUCAAAGACAUGCACGGACUAAGGAUUCACACGUCGGUUCCAUCUUGAUGGUGAAGUGGAUGCGACUGAUGCUCGUAUUAAUUUUUAUUAUGUGAUAUGUAAAUAAUUUAGUGGUGUACGCACCUUAAAAGUGUAUGUUGAACAGUUGAGAAUGUGAGACAAUGCUUAUUGGUUAUAAAGUACAAAACAAGCAGAUUUGAUGAUUAAGUUGAGCUCUCUUUCAAAUAUUAUUGAUGCUGAUAACUUUGUUAACUGUAAUAAGUUUAGAGGUACGAUCUUGCCUGGAAAAUAGUUUUUACGUUUUUCCCCUUGGGAAUGUUCCCAGAAAAAUUAAAUUUUUGAAGAAAUGUUUAAAAUAUCAGUUAAAUCUUUAAUAAAUUUUUUUUUUCAGAUCAAUUUCAGUACCCUCUCAGCAACAUUAAUCUGUAACUGCAUACCAUAAUUCAUAAUGCACGGCUGUACUUAAGUGUUGACUUGAGAAAAUAUAGUCCAGCAAUAUCUUACUAGAUAGUCUUGUUAAUUAAUGUGUAAAAUUUUAAACUAUGCAGUAUAAAAAAUUACUAACAAAAAUAUUAAAAUACAACCAAAAUAGACUUGUCCCAACAAUACUGCUUGCUGGCGGUUCACAGUAGGUUUUUGUGUUCUGUGAUAAAUGACUUGUAUCUUUACAGCAAAUUGCUCAAAUGUUUGAAUGGUUCUAUGUUUUGUCUCUGGUGCAAAGGUAGAAUUGCUGUUUCAAAUAAUUAGAAUAAACAAUCAGCAUAUUUA